UGCGCCCGCGGCGAGGGCGAGCCGUGCGGGGGCGGCGGCGCCGGCAGGGGGCACUGCGCGCCGGGCAUGGAGUGCGUGAAGAGCCGCAAGAGGCGGAAGGGUAAAGCCGGGGCAGCAGCCGGCGGCCCGGUGGUGAGCGGCGUGUGCGUGUGCAAGAGCCGCUACCCGGUGUGCGGCAGCGACGGCAUCACCUAUCCCAGCGGGUGCCAGCUGCGCGCCGCCAGCCUGAGGGCCGAGAGCCGCGGGGAGAAGGCCAUCACCCAGGUCAGCAAGGGCACCUGCGAGCAAGGUCCUUCCAUUGUGACACCCCCCAAGGACAUCUGGAAUGUCACUGGGGCCCAGGUGUACUUGAGCUGUGAGGUCAUCGGAAUCCCAACCCCCGUCCUCAUCUGGAACAAGGUAAAAAGGGGUAACUAUGGAGUUCAGAGGACAGAACUCUUGCCUGGUGACCGGGACAACCUGGCUAUUCAGACCCGGGGUGGCCCAGAAAAGCAUGAAGUCACUGGCUGGGUGCUGGUAUCUCCUCUGAGUAAGGAAGAUGCUGGAGAAUAUGAGUGCCAUGCAUCCAAUUCCCAAGGACAGGCUUCAGCAUCAGCAAAAAUUACAGUGGUUGAUGCCUUACAUGAAAUACCAAUAAAAAAAGGUGAAGGUGCUGACCUAUAACCCUGCAGAAUGUAUUAGUGCGCAUCACUAUCCGUAGUCCUGGAUUAACUACAGCAGGACCUGCUGUAAUAACCGGUGCUUGCCCAAUACCCAGUUUCUUUUCAUCCAGCCCACUAACGCUUUAUAUUCACUGGUUUACAUAGAGGAAACUCCAAAGUAAAGAUAACACGUCAAGACUGUCUACAAAAAUUUAUUAUUUACAGAAGAAAAGCAUGCUAAUUAAAAUCAAUAAAAUGCCUUAUCUCACAA